AUGGAUGUCAUAGCAGAUGCUGCACACAGAGUGGCUGCACUCGGACCUCGCACAGUCGUCAUGCUGGUUGUGGCCGUGGUCUUUCUCGUCAUCUCAUGGACCUCGUUUGCGCUUCGAGUCUACGUACGAGCAAUCAUGAUACGCUCUUUUGGAAAAGACGACUGGAUGAUGCUUCUUACCAUAUGCAUAUCCACAACAUGUUGCGGUCUUCUAAUAUCCAUCGAACGAAUUGAGCAUGGCAGCAGACCUCAACAAGCACUAGAAGAAGGCAUUCAUGCUCAAUUGGAUUUGCUCAAUGAUCUGAUGAAGUACAUCAUUUCUUUGAUGGGGCUGUACAUCUUGACCACUAUUUCAUUGAAGAUCAGCCUGGCUAUCUUUUUCCUUAGGAUUGUCAUCCGACCCUGGCAACGAAGGAUUAUCUACACUGUCACAGGAGUCUACACAGUCUACGCCACUGCCUUCGCCUUCGUUGCUGUUUUUCAGUGUGGUAUACCCACCAACUUUUUGAUCAAGGAAGCCACUGGCGUCUGUAUCAGCGACGACAUCCUACAGCCCCUCAACUACGUACACGCAUCUCUCAACGCCAUCAGUGACUGGACAUUCGCCUGUCUGCCAGUCCUUGUGCUCUGGAAUGCCAAGAUACCACGGUCCGCAAAGAUCUCCUCCGGUCUCUUGCUCAGUCUCGGAGCAGUCGGCAGCAUCAUCUCUCUCAUCCGUAUCGCAUACAUCCCAGGUCUCAAGACUGGCCCUGCGUUCUUCACAAACGCGAUAACGAUUGGGGUAUGGAGCUUGAUAGAGCCAGGAUUGGGUAUAGUCGCCGCGUCUCUGGCGACCCUUCGACCACUGUUCAAGAACAUGAUGGAGAAGGCACGCAACUCUACAAACCCAAGCAACAGCAGCAAAUCUCUGAGCCACAACUCGAGAGGAUCAUUACAGCGAAAAGCAGCCUUUUCUGGCGCCAAGUUCAGCGACCGUGGAUAUCUGCAGAUGGAUGACGACAAGAAGCCCAACAAGAUGGGCAAUUUCACCAGUGUAGUUGGCGACUUGAAGAGCGCACCACCCGGUCAAGUGUAUGAGCUGGAUCCCAUCGCCGAGCGACCAAACUCGAUGGAAAGCACAAGGUCAAACUCGAGUGAAGACAUUGGUAUGGCACUAUCUGGGCCAGUCAUUGUCGGAUCACUGCAGAACAAGAGUUGGUUUCCCGACGACGAAGUCCUCAUGACCAGGCAUGUCAAAAUUGACGAGGAGGCUGCCGAAUGGCCGUCACCACCACAUAGAUGA